CACAUGCCUGGAUUUGGUAAUUACGCCUGAAAUGAUCGCAAGUUACAAUUCGCCAAACUCAGUAACGUCAUCAUUAAGUAUCAUUAAAAAGAUGCUCUGUAUGCGUCAUCAUUCCAUAAUUGGAAACUAAGAUCAAAUACGAUUGAUACUCAUAGUUUUUAUAUGAACAAUGUAAGUAUUAUAAUGUUAUAUGUAUUUUGAGUGAGUCACGGAGUUUUGUUAUGUCAACUCCCACACAUUUCACAUUACGCAUGCUCCGGCGUUGCCGUGGAAUGCUCGUUCUUGGAACCAAACCUUGUGUCCGUGCUCUUUCUACUAAAUUCAGACCCAUGAAUUUGCUCUCUUUCUUAUGAAAAACGAGGAAUUCAUGAAUUUAGUCUACCAAUUAGUAAAAAACAAUUGAAUCGCCUAACUGUAUCACCUUAACAAGUCAUCACUUUUCGGACGUUGAACUUCCAACUUGUGUAUGUUAAUAUUGUAUGUACGUCUCUAUUUUUUAUACAGGCAAUCAUUGUGUUAACAAUACAUAAGUACGACAAAAGUGGAAUAUUGGAUUUAUUUAAAGAAUUCUGGAGCAUAAUGAACCUUUUUGGAAAUAACAUUUGCUUUUUGGCAAUUCACAAUGAUUUUUAAGAUCUAGUUGGUUUAACUAAUGAAAUGGUUAACAAAAUGAGAUUAAUAUUAGUGAUAUUUAUAUAUUUUAUAGUGGAGUGUUGUGGCGUCGGUGUAGAUUACUACCUCGGUAAUGGGGAAGCAGUAUCAGAAGAAAACAUAGAAAAUACGACUGAACCAAAGCCGGUUGAAAAUGUUCUUGAAGAGAGAACAAUGAGGCGAACUACUAUGAACACAUCGUUGAUGGGUCAGAUUAUCAAAAAUACCACUGAAACAGACUAUGAAAAAUAUGAUGAUUUAUCUGAAAUUGAAGAAAUGAUGAAAGAAAAAAGUUCAGAAGAUAAAACUGCAAUGCAACAAGAUUCAUUAAAUAGAUAUGAUUCCGCUAGGACAGGACUUGGUUAUGACAUAAAUGCUUUAAUGAGACAGACUGAUAAUCAAGUUUCAAAAAUAAAAUCUAUAAAUGAUAUCUUAAAAGAAUAUAGGUAUCGUGAUGACGAUCCAGAAACGGCAAAAAAGAUGCUUCGGGUCCACAAUACAACAGUCAGUAAAAAUAAAUCUCAAAAUGCUGAUUUUAAGAAUAUUGUCAUAAUUAGUAAUGCCACACAAGAAGACAGCGACGCAGACAAGGUUUCUGUUGACUUUUACAAUUUAAUGCCAGCUUCAGGUGUAAAUAUGGAGGAUGAUGACCCAUUUACAAAGUUCAAUUCUGUCAGCAACACUUGGUAUGUCCCAGAGAAUGCAAAAUGCUGGGAUCUACCAAUUUUAUAUGGUGAAUUAGGAUCUCCAACGUUCACUUCAGAUGUUUUUAUGUUGUAUCCAGGCAGUUUAAAGAACGUAAAAGAAACGGAAGAAGAGCCAAGUAAACCGACGAGGCAACUGUAUAUACCAGUGUUACAAUCUAUGAACAAAUGGUGUGCGGCGGGUCCUUGUUACGGCGAUCACACUUUGUGUCUGUUUUCGGAUAAGGAGAAUUCAAAGUUAUGCCCAGAUGCUUAUGUCGUCUCCACCCCCAGCAUGAUAGAGCAAAUAGGGCUUGUGAAUACUGUAAACUCAAUGCGCAAUCGGAUCGCUAAUGGAGAGACAGACAAAUAUAAUCAUUUACCUAAAGCAGCAGAUAUGAAUCAAUUAAUUUACGACUUUGACUUAGAGACAAUGGCUGAAGCGUGGCUGCGUCAGUGCUUGCCAGGUCCAGCAUCGUGUUCCGCUCUCGAGGGGGAUUACGUAGCGCAACUCGAAUGUACCAAAUAUGCAAAACAUUGUUGCAUUGAUUCUUUUAAAAGCGAGAAGGCCUCAAAAUGCAUACCAGAUUAUGAAUGUUACGUGGAUCCCAUUAUUGGUUGUAUUCACUUGUGGUUUUGGAAAGCUGGAAGCGCAUUAACUGCUACUGAUGUGGAGUGUGGUCAUAUAACACCAAAAUCAUUUUUUACUGUCCAGUUGCUCUGGGCAGCAACUAACAAAAUAGGUUGUGCAUACGGAAAAAAACCUAACGGGGACAUACGAGUUGUGUGCAACUUUGCUCCUGGCGCACCAUUUUACCUUGAAACUAACUAUUUCUGUGGUUUCAUCCUUUAUACAAGAGCCAUGGAACACCGUUCAAAUAUCACUAGUCCAGAAUUCCUUUCCGCGGUUGGUAUUGCCUUAAAACCAAUUACAAGACUUGGCGUGGCCGGCGUACAGUUUACUAGUCACCACGUUAAUUAUUCCUUAAGGUAUUCAGACAUAGACGUUCUUGGCAAGAUUUUUCAAAGAAAUUGGAUCCGACAAAACAUAAAUGCAAGCAGUAAUGGCACUUUGGGUAUGGUCGCCCGUUUAGUCACUAAAUACACUUUCGGAGAUAGUAGUGGCAUGAAGUGUGAUGCGAACGAAAAGAUGUAUGAGAGUGGUGAGCCCGGGUCCCGGUGCUCAGAGCGCGGGAGGCGCUUUCAUGCGCUAUGCUAUGAUUUCCGAGACCCCACGCCAGGCUACAGGCUAGUGGCAGUCGUAGCACCGGUAGCCUUGUUUUCUCUAAUACUAUACGAUUUAUUUAGCGGUGUAGUUCGUCAAACUAAUUAUUAAUAAGUUACGAGACUUCGCUACUUUAUAUCGUUUUCCUAAAUAAAUUACAGAGAGUUCAAUUAAAUGUUGUCUUGUUCAGUGUCAAUGGCGACUGAGUCAGGGUAUAGAAACAUCUUAUUAUUUUAAUAAAUUCAUGUCUCGUAGUAAAUAUACAUACUCCGCAUAAAUGAAAAUAUAACUGGUCCUUUACUAUGAGUCAUUUGCAGUGAAUUAGUCAAGAGAAAAUAAUAGGCGUUUGUCCUUUGAAUUCUUUUGUGCUUCAGAGGUAAUGUUGAAUUCUUGUAUUGUUUUCAAUUUAUAAUUAUUUACAUUUUCAUAUUUAUGAUUUCACUAAGCGAGAGUUAAACCAUGACUAGUGUUGUAUGCUAACUCUUUUCUGUCAUUAAUGAACAAUAAAGUGAGUGAAUAAAGUGAUGUGUACAUAUUAGUAUUUUUGAAUGCAUUUAUUAUUGAGAUUAAAGAUGAUGAAAAUCAACAUUGCUCACAAUGUUAGUAAUAAUCGUUUGUAUGGUUUAGCACUCCCACGCAGCUAUUGUCAAAAUGCAAAGUCAUCAGAGUUUGCGAAUGUUCAACGACCUCAACAUACCGUGUCGCUGCCUUCUUAUACACAUGUAUUGAACUUGUCAUAUUACGCAUUGUAAUUAAAUGUUUGCUUGAAUCAAUAUUUAUUAAGAUAAUGUGUUUGGAAAACUUUCGAUCCACAAACUUGCCAAAUCCACUCGAGCGUUCAAGUGUACAAAUGGAAUUAAUUGAUUACUUCCAUGAUAGCGUAAGCGAUACAUAAUCACAAACGUGCUAAUUGUAACAUCCGCAAAUGUUUUUUUAAAUUCCUUCAAUAGCCAAAGUAAAUCAGAUAUUAUUUGAAUUGACGUAUCAGCAAUGUCCGGUAUUAAUCCAAUAUCUUGGAUACUUUGGUUUCAUAAAAAAAGCGAGGUAGGACACCUGACUUGAUUUUAUGUUGUGGCCAAACCUGUGCUGUCAAUUUAACUAUGGCAUUUGAUUUGAUUACUAUGGACGUGAAGCCAAUUGAUACUCUAUUAAAACUGCUACAGUUUCCCAAACAUUUGA